GAUAUUGAUUAAAGUAGUGGAAAUAUAGAUUAUAAAAAAAAAAAAAAAAAGAUCCGAUCGCGAGGAUAACGAGUAUAGAAGAGAACACUGUCACUGUGAUCUCUACGGUCGACCGAUAGGAGAACGAAAUGGCAGGAGUGCGAGUAGCGUGUCGUGGUGUGCUAUAUAAAUAAUACUUCGCGCAAAGACAAAUCAGUCGACUUGCGGCCGCCGUACCUGUCACGGUAUAAAAUGCAACGCUAAUAACGUAGAUAUCGGGAAAUUAGUUUACCAAACAAUAUAUAUAUAUAUAUAUAUUUAUUUAUAUACAUAUAUUUCGUUCGAACAAAUUCAAAAGCUUUCCCUCAAUCAUUUUUUCCUUAUUUUCCUUUUCUUCAUCUUUAUCUUUAUCUUUAUCUUUUUCUUUCUUUCCGUUUUUUUUUUUUUCCUUGACUUUUCUCCUCCUCCUCCUUUCAACCUUUCACCCUUUUCUUCUUCUUCCUUUUCCUUCUUUGUUGUUUCUUUUUUUCUUCUUCUUCUUCUGUUUUUUCUUUUUAUCCUCAUUUUGUCCUAUUUAUUUAUUUAUUUUCUUUAUUAAAUUUGAUUUCUGGAAAAUUGAAUUUAUUAUAUUAUCAGAAGGAUCGAUUGAUCACUCGAUCUAUCGUUCUAAUCUAUCAUUAACGAUUGUUCGUUCUUCGUUGCACACGGUAGCCGCAGAGUUAAAGAUAAUUUAAGGAAGAGAUUAAAGGAAACUCGUGAUAACCGUGAACGAUCCGUGAUCCAUUGGAGCAAAGAUGUCGCACGACAAUUUAGGAUUUACAGCGAGUACGGAUGCUUUGGAGCCAAAAGGAUGGCACUCAAAUUCCAUACCGAUGCAACAUAAAAACCCACAAAAGAAUAACCGGUCGAGUAUUUAUACGUUGGAGCUCGAAGAAAAGAAGAAAGGUAUUCAAGAAUACGACGAUGAUUACGAACCAUACGACCAUAGAACGGUGGCACAUCCGACCACAAAUGUGGAGACUUUAUUCCAUCUAUUAAAAGGUAGCUUAGGUACUGGUAUUCUUGCAAUGCCAAUGGCCUUUCACAAUUCGGGAUACGUGUUAGGCAUGAUCGCUACAAUAAUUAUAGGCCUACUUUGUACAUAUUGCAUGCGAAUACUCGUUACUUCGAUGUAUGAUCUGUGUAAAAGAAAAAAAGUAGGAUCCAUGACUUAUCCAGCGACCAUUGAGGCUGCACUUGAGGAAGGACCGGUAUGUUUGAGGCGGUUUUCGAAAUUAUCGAUACACGUAACAAACACUUUCCUUCUGAUUUAUCAACUGGGCAGCUGUUGUGUCUACGUCGUGUUCAUUGCAAAUAAUUUGAAAAGGGCAUUCGACAGUUUUCUUCCCGAUCACGUCAAGAUUUAUAUGACCGAUAAAAUAUACAUGGUACUUAUACUGUUGCCAUUGAUAUUUAUCAAUUGGAUUAAAAAUUUAAAAUUUUUGGUACCCUGUUCAAAAGUUGCCACUGUCGCGACAUUCGUCAGUUUUGGUAUCAUACUGUAUUACAUAUUUAAGGAUCCUUUAUCCUUUGACGAUCGUGAACCAGUUGGAAAGAUUGAAAAUUUUCCACUUUACUUUGGCACUGUAUUAUUUGCUCUGGAAGCUAUAGGCGUGAUAAUGCCAUUGGAGAACGAGAUGAAGACGCCUAGACAUUUUACAGCUCCAUGUGGUAUUUUAAAUAUUGGUAUGGGCGCCAUCGUCAUUUUAUACGCCGGAAUGGGAUUUUGUGGAUACAUACGUUAUGGUAGUGACAUCAAAGGCAGCAUCACCUUGAAUCUUUCGUCUACGGAGGCAUUAGCAAAAAUUGUACAACUUCUUCUUGCAUUGGCCAUUUAUUUCACCCAACCGAUUCAAUGUUAUGUCGCGAUCGAUAUAGUAUGGAACGAGUAUCUUAGUUCACGUUUAGAAAAAAAUGCAUACAGAAAGUUAUGGGAAUAUCUUGUCAGGACUGGCCUUGUACUCAUCACAGCUCUAUUGGCCAUCGCAGUCCCAAGCUUAGAAUAUUUUAUAUCGCUAUUCGGUGCCCUGUGUCUCUCAGCUCUUGGUUUAGGAUUUCCUGCGAUCAUUCAACUCUGUACAUGUUGGAAGGAUGCCGAUCGAUCGACCAAGGCGUUCAUGCUUAUAAAAAAUUUAAUCAUUGUUGCGAUCGGAGUUAUUGGUUUGGUCGUUGGAACUUAUACGAGUUUACGAGAGAUCUUCGAGAAGGUCAUAUUGAAGAGCACAAAUUGAUCGAUCGAUGAUUAAGGGAGAAAAAGAAAAAAAAAAAAACAAAAAAAGAGAAUUACUCAUGAAUGAAAUUUGACUAGUGAGAGUA